AUCAGACCUGCACGUUUUGUUCUCGAUCGUCUCUGCCUGUUCUUGGCCUGCUCACGAUAAAUCACGCCUCUGACAACACACACUCCCUGACUCGUUCUAAACAGCAACAUCGACAUACCCCUGCACGCACCACCGCCAGCUAAUUCUUGACAGCUCCCUGCGUACGAACCCGACGAGCUCGCUGUCUGUUAAUUCAGUGAACUUUGGUUGGCGAUGGCGCCACGAGUCCCCAUUGCUCCUCCUGCGCCAUAUGUGCCGCCUCUCACUCCAGAGUACGACCAGGUAGUCGUCCUAUACGUCACCGCUGUAUACACCGUCGUGAUAUUCGGGCUCUGGAAUAUACCUGGCGCGCGGAUAUUAAUCACCCCCUUGAAACUCUUCACCAUUGGCUGGCACGAACUCUGUCACAUUGUCGCGGCUGUCCUUACUGGCGGAUCAGUGUACCAUGUUACGAUAGACCCAAAUUUGGGCGGCGCUACUCGUGUGGAGGGCGGCUGGCCAAAGUUUAUACUCCCCGCUGGCUAUUUUGGCUCAACGCUCUUCGGUGGCGUCUUCAUCCUCGGGGGCUUCGACGUCCUCGUCGCGAAGGUCCUCAGCUUUGUGCUCGGCGUUGGCCUCAUCAUACCUUUAGCCCUUGUGCGAGAUAAACUGACAAUAUUGCUGACAGUUCUGUACGAAGGACUUCUGAUUGGGUUUUGGUUUAUAGGCCAUGCUCAAGCUCUACGUUGGUACUGCCUCUUCGUUGGAGUCAUGAACGUCUUCUACGCCAUAUGGGACUUGACCGAUGACAAGUUCUUUCGAAAACAAAAUGAUUCUGACUGCACGCAGUACUUCAUCAUGUUUCCCAGGACUGCACCCCAAUUCUGGGCGAUUGCCUGGAUUGUCUUCGAGGCUGGCGUGUGCAUCAGUUUCCUGUUUCUUGGUCUUGCCAAGUUCAAGUUAUCGCCUGAGGCUAUGAAUGAGCAAGCUGCCAGCUUUUUGCCAACAUGAGCGAUUGGAAUCAACUAUUUAUACAACAUUCAGGCUGGACCUUGCUAUGGAUUAUAACUUGAGGAAUAAACAGUCGUCGUGAUAUUGCAUUCUGUAACGAACUCUUGCUGUCAAGUACACUAACUUUCACUUGCAACGUGAAGGCUUUAUUGCAUCACAAUUAUAACACUCAGGAAUAUUCAGAGAUUCAAAUGAUCAGACACACUACAUACUGAUAUUUGAAUACGGCUUUCCAAGAAAUCUUCCCACUUAAUGUUCCCGAGGACUGUUCAGGGCCCCAUUCCCGUUGGAAGGUGUAUUGUGCGAGGUGAUAUUUCAGAGGAAUAAUUCAUGGAUUAUGAUAGUGUUUGAAGAUGACCCGUGAAAGGACGACGAUGCAUGGCGGAAGAAUGCGGUACGAGAAGUUAGCACAAGUGACAGCUAAUCGCGUGUUGCUCGCCGUAUGAUGCCCGCCACAAGGAUUGCACCCAAAGCUGCGGCACCUCCUGCGAGAGCCAUGCCAACGUAUCCUUCUGGCGCCACGCCCUUUUCGAUGAGUGAACCCAACGACUGUGCCUGCAGGUUAUGGGGUUCCUUCUCCAGGAGAAGGUCAUUGAACUUGCGGGCAUCCUGGUAAUUGCCCAGCUUAUAGUAUCCUAAUGAGAGAUAGUAGAGACAUUCUCUUCGCCGCGUUGGCUCUGCACGGUAUAUCUCCUGCAAUAGCCGUACGCCCUCAACCUGGAGAUCACGUAGUGGGCUCUUCACGAGGCCCCAUGCAUAGUUGAACUUGGUCUGGACUGUAACGUGCGAUUGGGCGACUUCUUUCUGGUAUUGCAGGCGGAGCACCUCUAGCUCGUCGUAAGAGAGAGACACCUCGGCGUCUGCAGCGUAAGGGAGUUCGGUAGGCAUGGCGAAGAGGGACAAGGGGGUUGUUAAGAUAUAACUCUGGCAGCUGCAGGGCGGCACUUGCAGUACUUGC